AUGGGAUUUACUACUUCUAAUGAGCAUUGGCUUCAUCAUUUGCCCAAGAAAUUAAUCUCGAAUGUAGUCGCGAUUGCGAAAACGACGAAAAAUAUAGCAAUGGAUGAUCCAAGAAGGGUUAUUCAUUCCUUUAAAGUUGCAUUAGCUAUAACUAUUGUAUCUAUGUUUUACUAUUUUCAACCUCUUUAUAAUAGCUUUGGAGUUUCUGCUAUGUGGGCUGUUAUGACAGUAAUUGUUGUUUUUGAGUUUACAGUUGGGGCAACAUUAGGAAAAGGGUUAAAUAGAGCAAUGGCAACAUUAAUAGCAGGUGGAUUAGGAGUUGGUGCUCAUCAUUUGGCUAGUCUUUGUGGCAAGAUUGGUGAACCACUUCUAAUUGGAUUUCUUGUCUUCAUAUUUGCUGCGGCAUCAACAUUUAUGAGAUUCUUUCCAAAAAUAAAGGCGAGAUAUGAUUAUGGAUUCCUGAUAUUCAUAUUAACAUUUAGUUUCAUAUCAAUAUCUGGGUAUAGAGCUGAUGAAAUCCUGGAAUUAGCCCACAAAAGAUUAUCAACAAUCGCCAUUGGUGGAUCUGCAAGUUUGCUUAUAAACAUAUGUUUAUUCCCAGUAUGGGCUGGUGCUGAAUUGCAUGAAUCAAUUGCCCAUAAUGUGGAGAAACUUGGCCAUUUCUUACAAGGAUUUGGAGCUGCAUACUUGAAUAAAUCAGAGGCUGAAACUAAUUCUAAGGCUGAGAAUAAAUCAUCUUAUUUUCAAACCUAUAAAAGUGUUCUAAAUUCCAAAUCUUCAGAAGAAAGCAUGGCAAAUUUUGCAAGAUGGGAACCAAGACAUGGGCAAUUUCGAUACCAUCAUCCAUGGAAUGAGUAUGUUAAGUUAGGAAGUCUUAUCAGGCAAUGUGCUUACAGAAUUGAUGCUCUCAAUGCUUAUUUCAACCAUGAUGACGCACAGAAAUUACAAAAAUCCCAAGAAGAAUUCAGAGAUAUAUGCAAUAAAAUAAGUUUGGAAUCAAGCAAAACACUUGUAAAAUUAGGAUCAUGCCUAAGAGAAAUGAAGUAUCCAUCUUCAUCAGUAAAUCCUCAUAUUGUAAGUUCAAAAGCAGCAGUAAAAACCCUAAAGACAUACCUAAAAUCACACUCAUUAUACAAUCAACACUCUGAUUUACUACAAAUUAUACCAAUUGCAACCCUAGCUUCAUUACUCAUUGAUAUUGUUGAUUGUACUGAGAAAAUUGCAACAUAUGCCUAUGAUCUUGCUACAUUAGCACAUUUUAAGAAGGAUUGUUCUAAUGAUUUUGCAAAAAAAUCAGCAAAAUUUUGUGUUAAUAAGGAACAAAAAGGUGUAAAUCAAGUCUCUCAAGUUGGGUUUUGUCCUCAUGUUGUGAUACCAAUUGUUGCAUUAACUACAAUAAUUGAUUCAAAUUCAAGUCAAAGUUCGGAUGGUCAACAUAGUUCGGAAGACUAG